CUUACAGCCUCAUCUCAAGAAGAAAUGGGUGGCGCCGCCCCAAGGUUCCUUUUUCUGCUCACCACUCCCUUACCUCUUCUCCGCCACCACCACCACCACCACCGUAAGCUACUCUUCCUCUCUCCUUCCUUCUCCUACCAUUUCCACUCUCUCUCUUCUUCUUUUUCUUCUUCUACCUCUUCCUUACCCUCUCCUCUUAAACUGAAACUGAAAGCCUCCCAACACCAACAACAACAACAACAACAACACAUUCACACCCAAUCUCCCUCCUCUCUCAGGACCGAACCCUGGCCCGAGUGGUCCACUUUUCUCUCCCACAUCUCCUCCACCGGCUACGUCGCAACUGCUCCCGACGACGCCUUCGCCGCCGGCGCUGCCGUAGAGUUGUCGCAGCUUGUCCUGCGCCAAGCGACUGCCUGCUUGGCCUUCGCUCGCGACCGACCCAACCUUCUAAGGUUGCUUUCAAUGAGAGACAUUGCGGUGGUGGUUGAACAUGGCUCUCCCUUUCUGUUUCGAGAAGCUGAGGAUUCUGUUAGGAGGAUGAAGUCUUUUGUGUCAAACAUUGAUGCCAGUGUGUUGGACACUGAUAGAGCAAAUAUGGUUGAUCUAAUGAAGUUUAUGCUGAGUUAUGCAAUUAACCCAUUGGUCUCUUCGGAAAGGAACAGUCUAAAUAACAGAGAUCUUGUUGAAUCAUCUGUGAGAAAUCUGUUUGGUGAACUUUUCAAGCUGAGUUAUAAUGCACCUGGACCUAACUCUUCUUCAAUGCAAAGUCAAAUGCCUGGUAGAUUUGGACAGAAAAUGCCUCCUAGACAAAAUAUUGAAAUGAAAAGGGGUGAUUGGAUUUGCCCAAGGUGUAAUUUCAUGAAUUUUGCAAGAAAUGUUAAAUGUCUUGAGUGUGAGGAAGCAAGGCCAAAAAGACAACUGGCUGGAGGAGAAUGGGAAUGUCCUCAGUGUGAUUUCCAUAAUUAUGGGAGGAAUAUGACUUGCUUAAGAUGUGAUUGCAAGCGGCCUGGACAAAUAUCUUUGGAUGCCACCAAUACCAUGUCACAUACGGGUUAUGGAAAUACAGACAAUUCUAAUACUUCAGAUGUUGAGGCUAGGUUAGCUGCUAAUGAAGAGAAGGCACAGCGUUGGUUUAGCAAGGUUUCUCAACUAGACAGCAGUGCUGACAUUAACAGUGUGAUCGCAGAUGAAGAUUUUCCUGAAAUAAUGCCAUUAAGGAAAGGAGUAAAUAGAUUUGUUGUGAGCACAAGGAAAACUCCAUUGGAGAGGAGGUUGGCCAAUGCUGAAUACAAGAGAAACUUGGGCAAUAAUGGCGUUCCUGGGGUUGAGGAUUUUAUAGCUGGGGAGUCAACCAAGCCCCGUGAUACCCUGGAUGACAUUCUAGGUCAUUCAGCUAGCUUUCCUCAAUCUGACGAUAAGAACAUUGUUGUUGAACAAAAUAUCAGUAGUGACAGCCGGCCUUCAGGGAGCAACUAUAGUACUGUUCCUCCAGUUCAAUUGUCUGCAGAUAUGCUUGCCCAAAAGUCUGAGAACUUGCUAGCAGAGGAGAGCAAAGAGGUGGUAUUAAACACUGAUGUUGAACAUACUAGUCCGGGUUACAGUUCACAGCUUUCGAAUAAUUCUACAAGCCAAAAUGUCAUCAGGGAUGAGGACAAAGAGCAAGCUGAAAAAUCUGAGAGGUGGUUUAGAAAGGUUGCUGAGCUGAAUGGUGUUGGAGAUUUAACAAGUGCAAUAUCUGAUGAGGAUUUCCCUGAAAUAAUGCCCAUGCGUAAAGGAGAAAAUCGAUUUGUUGUUAGCAAGAAAAAAGAUCGCUCUUUGACUACACCAGCAUAUAAGAGACGUAUGGCCAUGGAGCAAUCUGGCAAUACCAACUUUGUUCCCUUUGUCCCCUUCCCCCCAGAUUACUUUGCCAAAAAUGACAAGCAACAGGCAGAUUCAGCGGACAGAUCCAAUGUCGAAUCAUCUAUAGUAUCUGAGGUGGUGCCAGAUAAGCCUCCAGAGAUGUCAGAUGAUGCUAGAGCUGGACCUGGACUGAGUCCAAAACCUUCUGAACAGAGCUCAAAUAACAUUCAUGUUGGUUCUAUUUAUGAGACAACAACCAGUGGAAACUCAAGCCAGAGUUUUAAUCAAGAGGAUUCUGGGCGGAACAGGAAAGAAGAUCAUGUGCCAAAUUCGACAGGGAGUUCAUCUUUGACAGAGAAUUCAUCCCCAACAUCUGAGAACCAGAGUGUUAGAGCACAAUGGACAGGCAAGAGUUUGGAGGGUUCAGCAGUGAGGGAACCGGAUCCUUUGGACAUGUCAGAGGAGGCAAAGGCAGAGAGGUGGUUCCGUCGUGCUGCACAGAUUAAGGAUAUCUCUGAGCUCAGUCAGAUUCCAGAUGAAGAUUUUCCUUCAAUAAUGCCCAUGCGCAAAGGGGUGAACAGAUUUGUUGUGAGCAAGAGGAAAACACCAUUGGAAAGGAGAUUGACAUCUCAGCAGUACAGAAGAAAUCUUCCUAUUGUGAGCUCAGAUCCGGUUAAAAAAGAAAAUGAAGGUAGCUGAAGAAUAGUAACAUUUGUUUCAAUUUUCCAUGUUAUGUUAAAAUUUUACUGGCAAACAUAAAAAAAGUAUAAGGAAGAUGAUGGAAAAUACUACUAUUUCAAUCAUCUGUAAGAGAAUUUUGACAUGAGUUAUUUAUCUCUGUUGAGGUGACUUGCUUUAUAUCAUGUGGGGGACUAGCUUGUCAAAUUUCAGAAAUCAGUGAUGUAUUAAAACCUAGUUUUGUAGUCAGUUUUUCUAUCUGGAAUGGGGAAAUAGAUUCAAAAUACAAGUUUUAGGA